AUGACUAAUGCAUUUGAAAGACAAAACAAAACACGAUAUGAAUUGCUAUUAAUAUUACGUUAUAUUUAUUGUAUUAUUUGUGUUGACAUUUGUAAUGAAUGUAUCAAUAGUUUAGUCAAAUUGUGACCACUUUUCUAAACAAAUCACUCAUUUAGUUAUUUUAUUAACCAUUUUAACCAUUUUUUUGUUUAUUUAUUUAUUUGUUUUAAUUGACAACAAAUUAAACAAUAAAUUGUUGUAUUGUUUAACAUAUUAGUCGGCGUAAUGACCAACAAAUCACAUGAAAUCAGUGUGUAUAUCGAGGACAUACCGAUGCGUUUGUCUGAACGCUACCGACCACUUGAUGUGAGCGCUUAUACUGAAGAAGAGACGCGUAUUCCCGAAGUUUUUGACCAACACUAUAAAUUCAGUGCAGAAUUAUACGCUUUGGAAGUGUUUGAGUUCAGAGACAAACAACGACAACAAGAAUUAUCUGAAUCAAUGUCCAAAUUGAGUGCUAAUUGUGAUAAUUCGGUAAAAUCUAAUGACAAUAGCUUUAAGCAAAACAAUGAACACAAACAACAACAACAUCAACAUCAGACUCAAUCUCAUCCUCAAGAAGUGCUAAACAAAACAAUUCAUUUAAAUCCGGGAGAAAUACUUAAACCGUUGCCAACUGGCAGUGGAGUCAAUCAAAUGAAUAAUAACAACCAUUAUCUAAGUAAUGGCAGUAUUGACCCAAAUGUUAAUAUAAAACGAAAGAUUGUAAAAGACUUCGAGAGCGACACUUCCAGUCCUUUUGAUUUUGUUGAGCUUCAGAGCAUAGAUUAUAUGCAAGAACUCAAUGAUGUUUUUCAAGCAUUUAAUACCAAAACAAGUCAACACCAAAAACCAACAGUAGAUGAAUGUCAUAAUAAAGAUGUUAAAAGUGAUAAUGUUUUAAACAAUACUAAUAAUAUGUGUUUAAACCAAAACUUGUCAGCUGUUCAUAAUAUGAAUGGUGUUAAUGUGAUGUCCGCAUAUGGACACCAUCAACAAAGUGGUGUUACAUCAAUGGCAACUCCAGUAUCAGUUGCUCAUUCUGGUCAUCUCUACAAUAGUCAGUGGACAACAACGGCUUCAACCUCUUAUAGUCCAAUAGAUAAUAAUAUGAGUGUCACUACAACUAAUAUCAACUAUAACUAUAUUACAGAUAAUAAUAUAUCUAAUCCAAGUGAUCCACAACAAAAUCUAUUAAGAUCGUCCAAAAGUGUAUCUGAUUUACCAACUCUUGUAGAUAGUGAAGAUUCUCUGAAAACAACUGUUCGUCGACAGCGAUCACAUACACCUCCCUGUUCUACACCUAAGAAUAAAACUAGAAAUGUUAAUGAAAAACAAACUCUUAUACUCAAUGAUCCUUACAAUGAAUUGUCACAAUUUUCUAAGGAUUUUGUUAAUUCCAUUAAUUCUAUGGGUUUUGAGAGAAGUCGUGUGGCCAGAGCUGUCAAACAUAUAGAUAAUGACCACAAAAAAGUGAUUGACUUUCUAUUACAAGUGCAGAAACUCGAAGAAUCCGGUUAUGACUGCUGUGAGUCUGAGAUUGCACUUCAUAUGAAUAACUAUCAAAUUCCAGAAGCCAAAAAAUUUUUGGAAUCUUUACGGCAAUUAUCGGAAGUGGGUUUUGAUAAACGAGAAAUCAUUAAAGCAUUAAUUAAGUGUAACAACGAUAGAGACAAAGCUCUCGAUAUUUUACUCAAUACUGAAUAA